AUGGCGGAUAUGAGUAUGAGCACCGCCAACUGCUUGGCACAACCUGCGCAACUCCAAGGUGAAACUCCAACUGGCCGGGGCGCCGCCGUUGCGGCUAGGCACGAAGAGGAGGGCACUGACGACGAAUGGCUCAUGUACCUGGAACUGGCGAAGCUAGAGGUGUUCGAUCAUCUGGAGCCUUGGGCGGAGGCGAAUGUGGUGCCGCUCCUUAAGCCCGCGCAGGUGGCGUGGCAGCCGACGGACUUGCUGCCGGAGCUAGCGUCGCUGGGCGCCGACGGCUUCCACGCGGCGUGCUCCGACAUCGCAGCGCGCGCGGCCGGUCUGCCCGACGCGCACCUCGUGUGCCUCGUCGGGAACAUGGUGACGGAGGAGACGCUGCCGACGUACCAGAGUAUACCCAACCGCUUCGAGGCCGUGCGCGACCUCACCGGCUCCAACGCCACUGCCUGGGCGCGCUGGAUCCGCGGCUGGUCCGCCGAGGAGAACCGCCAUGGCGACGUGCUCAACAGAUACCUCUUCCUCUCCGGCCGCGUUGACAUGCGGCAGGUCGAGAGGACGAUCCACAACCUCAUCCAGUCCGGCAUGGUCAUGAACGCCGCGCGGAGCCCCUAUCAUGGCUUCAUCUACGUCGCCUUUCAGGAGCGUGCCACGUCCAUCUCCCACGGCAACACAGCCCGUCGCGCCAAGGAGCACGGCGACGUGGCGCUCGCGCGCAUAUGCGGCGCCAUCGCGGCCGACGAGAAGCGGCAUGAGCUGGCCUACACGCGGAUCGUGGGGAAGCUGUUCGAGAUCGACCCGGACGGCGCCGUGCGCGCGCUGGCGUACAUGAUGCGCCGCCGGAUCGUCAUGCCUGCGUCCCUCGUGACCGACGGCCGCGAUGGUGACCUCUUUGCGCACUACGCGGCCGUGGCGCAGCAGGCCGGCAUUUACACCGCCUCGGACUACCGUAGCAUUUUGGAGCACCUGAUAAAGCAGUGGGGGGUGGAAGAGCUGGCGGCGGCGGAACUAUCCGACGACGGGAGGCGUGCGCGGGACUACGUGUGUUCCCUGCCAAAAAAAAUCUACAGGUUGGAGGAGAAGGCCCACACACGUAACAGCAAGAAGGCCCAGCGCAUGACAUCCGUCUUAUUCAGCUGGAUCUUUGAUAGGCCCGUCAACAUCAGCGUGGCCUAA